UGAUGCGUGUUCACGUGCUUGCGUCAUGCCAAGGCUGUGAUUGAUUAAUUGGUUGCAAACGUUCCGACGAAUUGCUUUGACGGAAUAUCCACGAAACAAAAAAAGCUCGCAUUGCGCAAUAUACAUGGCACUGGAGCUUCAUGUGUGGGGACCGGCUUUCGGCCUGCCCUCAAUUGAUCCCGAAUGUAUCGCGACCGUCGCCUUCUGUCAGCGGGUCAUACCCGAAGGACAAUGGAGCCUCGUCGCAAGCUACGACAAGUCGGUUGGUCUGACAGAGAGCCUUCCGAUACUUUUCGAUGGUGGUAUCGCGACGGCGACUGGAUUCGAGGAUAUCAUUUCCUAUCUGCGCAACCAUCCCACAGUCAGUGAGGACCUUGACGCGAACUUGAGCAGUCAACAACAGAACGAUCGUACUGCAUACUCGACGUUACUUCGGUCGACGGCUACACCUCUUAUCGACCUGUCACUCUUCGUCUCAGCAGAGAACUACAACACGACGACAUCUUCCGCGUACACUGCCAUCUUACCAUGGUACGCCAACUAUACCGUCCCGCCCAAGCGACGAGAUCUUGCGAGGACACGAACAGCGCACAUGGGACUGGAUAGUCUGGACGUGGAUACAAGAGCAGAGCAAGGCAUGGCCCCCGGUCGGGGCACCGCAUCAGCAGAAUUUGAGGCUGCGAAGCGAGCAGCUGGGCUGCCUACCGACAGCAAGCCGACUGCAAUGAGCAUGGGACGGGCCAAAGGUCUUGGAGGGUUUCUCGGUACUCAGCAGUACGCUGCACGAUUCAGGCUUGAUGCGGCAUCGAAUGAGCUGCUAGAACCUUUGUCAGAUCUUCUGGGGAACCAUAACUAUCUGCUAGGAACGUCGCAGCCUUCUAGUCUUGAUUGCCUGGCUUUUGGCUACUUGUCGUUGAUGCUGAUCCCCGCUGUACCGCAAGCGUGGCUCAAGGAGAUCAUAUCUACGAAAUUUCCCGGACUCGCGACCUAUGUCCAAGAAUUCCGCAAGAACAUCCUCACAGAAGAAAAUAUAAGUCCGGCUCAGGUGUGGGCAAUCACCAUUGGGUCGGCAUCCCCAGCAGUAGAAGAACCACAAAGCAGGCUCUUGCCGUGGACAAGCAAGUCACAGAGCUUUGCACGUGGCACAUUGACUGGCCUCUGCGAAGUCGUCGGGAACAUCCCAGUAGUAUCGUCACUCCUGCAACGAGAGACCGUCCCGCCUUCAGAAACGAUUCCAUCUUCUAGUCGCAUCAAUUCCGAACUCCCAUCCCCCAUGUUCGGCAAUGCCUUGCUCGGCUUUACAGCUGCAGCGUCGCAAAUCCAGAACCCCCCUCCCCCUUCGUCGUCGACGAAGAGCGGACGUUUCUUUGGCAAGGCUAACAUUGGCCAUACCUUCCGCCACAAGUCUGCUGGCGCAUUUGGACCCGACCUUGCGAAGAAGCUCUCGCAGCUGGUGAAGAUGGAGAAGAACGUCAUGCGCAGCAUGGAGCUCGUAUCCAGGGAGCGCAUGGAGGUCGCUCAACAACUCUCCAUCUGGGGAGAGGCAUGCGACGAUGACGUUUCCGAUGUUACCGACAAACUUGGUGUUUUGAUCUACGAGAUUGGUGAGCUCGAGGACCAGUAUGUCGAUCGCUACGAUCAGUACCGUGUUACCAUCAAGAGCAUCCGCAACAUUGAGGCUUCCGUCCAGCCCAGCCGCGACCGCAAGCAGAAGAUUACCGACCAGAUUGCUCAGCUGAAGUACAAGGAGCCCAACUCUCCCAAGAUUGUUGUUCUCGAGCAGGAGCUUGUUCGCGCUGAGGCCGAAUCCCUCGUCGCGGAGGCUCAGCUGUCCAACAUCACCCGCGAGAAGCUCAAGGCUGCUUUCACCUACCAGUUCGAUGCCAUGCGCGAGCACUGCGAGAAGCUUGCCAUCAUCGCCGGCUACGGAAAGCACCUUCUCGAGCUCAUUGACGACACUCCCGUGACCCCGGGCGAAACCCGCCAGGCGUAUGACGGUUACGAGACGUCGAAGGCUAUCAUUCAGGACUGCGAAGACUCGCUUACCAACUGGGUCGAGCAGAACGCGUCCGUCUCGUCCAAGCUUUCCCAGCGAUCCCGCACUCUCUCCCAGCGCCGCCGCAACCGCAGCCAGCAUGCCGGCGAGCCUGUAGACCUGUCCGGCCAGGACCAGCCCCUCGACAGCCGCGAGUCUGGCCUGUGGAUCCCUGCUUCCGAGCACCGCGGCAACGGCUACGAUGAUGACGAGGUCGACGAGGCCGGCUCUACUGUUGCCAGCGAACACCGCGGUCGUGAGGAUGAGAGGAUUGUGGCAUAAGCGCCUGCUGACCGUCUGCUUAGUAGCGUACCGCUCUUCGUCUUCUAAUAGUGCGCCUCUGUACUUGUGACAGUAGGCGAUGUAUACCCCUGACGGAGCGGUCGGUGUUUCUGCGGAUAGUUUGAAUCAUUGGAGCAACGCAGGCUUGGUUAGGUGAAGUUUGUGCUUGAUGAUUUACGAGUAACAAUAGUAUUGAGAUAGGUAAUUGUCCUAAUUUGCAACUGAAGGCU